AGGAGCUCCUGAUGUUUCUUGCCUUUCUGGUAUGCGGGCCGGUGCUGGUGCUGGUCGAGCUGGCGAGGCUGGUGUGGAGGCACCGCCUGCGGCUGGCGAGCCCGCUCGACGGCCCCGCGCACGUGGUGCUGUCGUUGGCCGCCGUGGCGCUCUGCCUCUUCUGCCCGUCGCGCAGGCCCCCCCUCGUGCUCUUCACCGCGCACUCGUGCCUCCUGGCCCUCGUGCUGCUCGAGCGGCUCACGCUCCGGCGGCUGCGGUGGCGCAGCGGCCACUCUUGGUGGUGCGCGCUGCUGAUCGCCGUGGAGGCCACCAGCCUCGUGUUCGAGAAUCGGUGCUUCACGCUGCUGCUGCUCCUGGCGGCCCUGCGGUCGCUGCAGCGCGUUGCCGGGUGGGAGAACAACCCGCCGCGCGGCCUGUUCCAGGGCCCGCUGUGGUGGUGCACCUUCCUGGUCUUCGCGGAGGCCACCGGCAUCUGCCUGCGGGAGCUCCGCGGCCCACCCGCGGGGGUGCCGCGGGCGGGCCUGGCGGCGGGCCUGUGGUUCGGGCUGCUGGCCGCGGCGGCCCUGGCGGCGAACUGGGCCCGGUGCAAGAGGCACUACAGCGUGUGGCAGCGCCGCCGCGCCACCUUCGUGCUGUGCACCGACGGUGCCUCAGCCGACUCCGGGGGCAGCUCGCGCACCGCGGUCGGCAGGGGCGACGCCGAUGACCUCGACGACCUCGACAACGUCGCCUGAGUUGAGCCCGAAACCCACGCGCGUGCGCCGGAGGGGCGUGGCCUCGCCGGAGCUCGCGCGACUCGCUCUGCACCCGAUGCGUUUUCUUUUUUUCCCCCGCGAGCGGAGCUCGCGCGCGCGCACGGACCCGGCGCGAGCCCAUCGGAGGCGCAGAGGCCAGGGAGGGGGAAGAUGUGGGCACCCCGUCGGACGCCUCGAGCGCUUGCCCCCGCGGCUUGGCCAAGCGAG